AAACUUUUCUCUUAUUUUUGUUAAUGCUCCAAAUCUAGGCCUAAGUGAAAUAAAUCAAAAUCGUAAUCCUGCAUGAACAAUGUUUUCAAUAAUAAAAGAUAAACUACAAUCUGUUCAAGAUAACUUGACAACUAGUUUCCGAGGAUUGAAAGUUGCUGAUACCUCCUCAGAUUCGGGGCCCGGAGAAACAUCCAGUAGACCUGAAUGCUGGAGCCGAUCUCCUUCACAAGUAUCAGACAGAAUGGCAAGAGCUACACCAGUUGGCUGAGGAAAACGCUGUAGCAGCCCAGAAAGUAGAUGUACGUAUUGGAGCUCUCCAUGAAGAAGUGAUGCGGCAGUGGAACGCAACCUCACAACUGACUACGGGAUUGGCGACACUGCCCAAGCUAGCAGCCCAGACUGACAAAAUCAUCUCACAGAUCGAAGAGCUACGGAAUCUUGUCGUUGAGGUGGAGAGCUCUCUGAUAGAAUUAGCUGAUACAGUGGAGAAGAAAGAGCUGCAGGAAAGACAACUUGAGAGCAGGUUCCAACUGGCUUUACACAGCGAGAAGAGGCUUGCUCAGCUGGACAUUCUCAGAGCAAAACUGUCAGAAGAACACAGAUUAAAAGUAGCAGAAUACGAAAAACAGUUUGAGAAAAAACAGAAGGAAAGACAAGAAACAUUUAGUAAAGCAUUUGAAGAAGACUUGGCAACUUAUAAGCAGACUGGUAUAGUGCCCACAAUCAGACCAGCCCUGACUAGUGGCCCUUCACUGGAGGAGGUGGAGUUAGAUGUGGACACAGAGGCUCUCAAUCACUUGUUGGAGGAGUGACCUCUGGACUUGCAACACUGCUCAACUGUC